GAUGCGGACAAUUUUUCCAACGAAGAGCCGAAGAUAAAACUCAAAGCCCUCGCCACCCAAACGUUUCCUUCUCGACCCCAGCACCCACCCAGAAGAACUACAAGUCUCCUUUUGAAUUGUAUAUCUCUGUAGUCGUACAUAGUCAUACGACUGCAGAGACUACUCUGUGCCACCAUUUCUGACCAAGCGAGAAACGACGAUCUACGUCUGUUGACCCUCGAGUGCGUUCUCUUUGACGUGUCCACUGACAUGUACUACUUGAACUCAACCUUUCUCUUUGAUCUUCUUAGGUGGUCAUCGGUUCGAGGUCUGUCUUUCAUUCAUCUUUGACAUGCUUUGUUCCUGGAGGACUCAUAAGCGCGACCACAUACAGGAGAACCUCCCUGACAGGACUAACAUCCACCGAGAUCACCCCAUCAUCUAAAAGGCCACAGCCGCUUCUGCUUCUAUUCUAUUCGUUAUCUAUCUCCUAUACACCCACCCACGCCCUUCAAGCUUUUUCCUCGCUGUACAGGGAGCGAGGAAACCUACCCCGACUGAAGUAACCCUUACAGUUACCGACACCUAUCCCGCCCGGCUCGUCACCAUCGACCGCGGCGGUAGGCUCGGUAAUUCGGGUUGAAAUACCAAGUGCCAAAAUAGCGAUUGUUUCCAAGACUUCUUUGUAUCAUUCCAACUCACUUUUGGAACCCCCACCCGUUCCGCCAGACGACGCCCCUCUAACGAUAGAGGACACGAACCUAGACUUAGACUCUUCGGCAGUCCAGACGGACUGUCUCGCUCCUCCUUUUGAAUCAAUGCCUUCGCUCGAAAUUCUUUCUCCUUGCAACACGAUAGACUUUGACUUUGACGUCAUUUCAUGCUCUCCCUCUUACGCGACUUGCACCCGUUCCUAUCAAGAAAACAAAUUCUUGACUACCGCAUUCACCAAACUGUGUGCUCUUCCUGUACCGAACAACAACAAGGACGUCCAUACCCACGCAGAUACGUCCGACGUAAUCGAAGAAGACAUUACUAUUCCUGGGCUUCCUCCGUUACUUCGUGGCCACCCCGAUGUACACCUUAGGCAUGGUGUCAUGAGGGCGGCACAAUUAGCCCUCCAACACGAAUCAGACGCUGAAAAGGCUUUUUUCGUUGGAGAUCUUUGCUAUGUUUACCAGCAACACCUUCGAUGGAAGAAGAAUCUACCAGAAAUCGAACCCUUCUUUGCUAUCAAGUGCAACCCCGACCCAUAUGUCCUCCGACUCCUCGCAGGUCUGGGAGUAGGUUUUGACUGCGCAUCGAUUGGGGAAAUAUCACAGAUCGUUGGGUUGGGUGUUGACCCUUCGAGGAUCAUAUUCGCCAAUCCAUGCAAGGCGGCUUCGUUCAUCAAACAGGCCGCUCGUGCGGGUGUUGAUAUGAUGACGUUCGACAACACCGACGAAUUGUACAAGAUUGCUCGCCUAUUCCCGAGCGCCAAACUCGUCAUUCGUAUUCUAACGGACGAUUCGAAGAGUCUAUGCCGUCUUGGGCUCAAGUUUGGUGCACCACUUGUCACUGUUCCCGGCUUGCUGGCCAAAGCGAAGGAAUUGAAGCUCGAUGUAGUUGGCGUAAGCUUCCAUGUUGGGAGUGGGUGCUACGACCCUUCGGCUUUUGCGGACGCCGUGAUGCGCGCGCGCUCUGUGUUUGAAAUGGGUCACGAAGCUGGAUAUAAUUUCACGUUACUCGAUAUCGGCGGAGGAUUCGAAGAUGCUACUUUUGAAACCACUGCUUCGACUCUCAGGGACGCCAUCGACCAGUACUUCCCAAACCGGGAGAAUAUCAGGAUCAUCGCAGAGCCCGGAAGAUACUAUGUUGCGAAGGCAUUUAGUCUGGCUACGAACGUCAUCGCUAGGCGUGCCCCACCUACUCCGGAGGGCGGAGGAUCACAAGACAUGGAUAUGGAAUCAGAGCAACCGUCUGUGAUGUACUACAUCAACGAUGGUGUGUACGGGGCAUUUAAUUGCAUCCUGUUUGACCACCAAACUCCGCAACCGUACGUGCUAUCCCUUAACGGGUCGUUCCACGUACCCUCUUCAGUCCCGAUGCGUGCGAGCAGCGUUUGGGGCCCUACUUGUGAUUCGUUGGAUUGUGUCUGCCCCGUGACGCAACUGCCGAGCACACUCCAAGUGGGGGACUGGCUUGCAUUCGACAAUAUGGGCGCGUACUCUGUCUGCGCUGCAUCUCAGUUCAACGGGUUCCAAAUCAGCAACGUUAUCUACACGUCGGGUGUGGGAUACUUGAGCGGGGAGGUGCGCAAGGUGCUGAAGGAGUUUUCCAAGGGGGAAGAGGGAGAAGAUGAGGACUGAAGGGGAUUGACUGUGACCCGAGGACAUGGACCUAUUAUUUUCUUAUGGCGUAUGGAACACGAAUGAAUGGCGAAGAGCAAAUGCGUUUUUCUGCCAUCUUCUGGGCUGAUGCUAAAGUGAGAAUUCUAGA